AAAGAAACGAAAAACUCUCUCUCUCUCUUUCUCUGUCAAUUUCGAAGCUCGUUUAACGGGGAGUAGCCGGUAAACCGGCGGGCAGAAGCCGGUUACUAAGAAGAGGGCGCCGUACGGGUGGUGGGCACAUGGGUCGGCCUUUGCCGUUGCCCCUGUUUCUCCAAGUCCUCGGCCAUGGCAGUUGGUAAUGCAUUUAUAGUGUGUGAGUGUGAGUGAAAGUGUUGCUCUCUCUUUUCUUCCUUCUUCCUCCUAUUUUAUUUUUCUCUCUCUCUCUCUCUCUCUCUCGUCAUCCGUCCGUCCCUUCUCUCCUUCCUUUGCUCCUCUUCCCUCCUCGAUUCCUGUGCUCUUCUUCUUCCAGCAGUUUCAAAUUCCUCUCCUUCCUUCUCCUCUCUCCUACUCCAUCGACGACGAUCCGGCCACUUUUCCGAGACGGAGGCGGUUGAUAAUUUUGUUGCAUUCUUUUUCUGCUUGGUACAGGCAUCCAUCCAAUUGCUUCUUCUGGGCUCUGUGCACCGAUUUACUCUACUCCACUCCACUCCCUCACUGCAGCUCGGAAUUUUUACAACUUGAGUUGAGCGCUGUUGAUCCAGAAACCCAAAUGAGUGUCUGAAAACCAUUUCGCCAAUUAGCAAUCACCCAUUAAAAAGCUCCCUCUGCUUCUUGUUGACACGAUGAAAAUUCCGUGCCUUUCGGGAUUGCUGGAUUAGGGUUCUUCUGGGGAUUAAGAGGCGGGCGUGAUUGUUGUGAGUUUCUUCUGCUAUUGGGGGGGAUUAGAGAGAGAGAAAAGAUACAAAAAAAGGUAUGCUGGAGGCCAGUGAGCUUUGCUCUGCUCGCAUGCUUUCACCUUUUAGGGACGAGAGUGGUGAUGAAGAGCUCUCCGUCCUGCCGAGGCACACCAAGGUCGUUGUCACUGGAAACAACAGAACCAAGUCUGUUCUUGUGGGCUUACAAGGCGUGGUCAAGAAAGCUGUUGGCCUUGGAGGCUGGCAUUGGCUGGUCUUGAAAAAUGGGGUUGAAGUGAAGCUGCAAAGGAAUGCACUUAGCGUACUGGAGCAUCCAACGGGGAACGAAGUGGGAGAUGAAGACGAUCUUGAUCUGUACAACAGCAGUGGCUCUGACAUUGGUGAAAAGGACCAUGAUUUCUAUAACGGCAGCCAGUUCCACAGAUUCAGCAAGCCUAGAGUUCGUCCGGCAGCAGCAAAGCACUCGUCCUGCUAUCCACCUGCAGCGGCUCCAGCAGCUAAGUCGACGAAUCACAUCAGUUUUAGGGAUGUUCAGUCAAUUAUCCGUUCAUCUCAGAGAAAGGUGAACUUGGUGAAACUAGGGAAGGACUCGUUAUGGAGAUACUGCAAGCAUUACAAGCUGGCUGGCAUCAACAUAGAUUCACCGAGGGAACAGAUGCUCACCGUUGUGCAACAGCAUUUCCUUUCAAUGGUCUGUAUCUGGCAUUUCUUCUUCUCUUCAAAAAACGGGGAGUCUUUGUUAACGCAGUGUAUUUUCCAGUUGCAGCAGCGACUGAACGAGAAGGACGUGAUCAUGGGAAUCGUCAUGCAUUCAGCCAAGAGACGGAAACAGUUUGCAAAACCACCAGCCGCGAAGUGAGACGAGACUGAAUCAGUGAUGGAAGGCUGCUACUACUCAUUGUAACUAUUAGGAGAGUGAUAAUAACCCUAACCAUCUUUAUUUAGAUCAGGUCUAAUUGCAUGUGCUGAUGAUACUUGGGAGAUGACCUUUCUUUGCUCCUCUCCCUGGAUUCCAGAACUGACCAAUUUGCCAAUUUGGUCCCACCUUUCAUGUCCAUGGUUGGCUAUGAGAACUCUAGGUAUUUAUCAUAGGCUUUCUGAAGAACAAGUACUGCAUCGUGAGAGCAGUUCGCUGUAGAUAUUUUGUUGAUAUGAUGAGAUCAGUAUUUCCCAGGUUGAUAUUUCUUUUCUGAAAUCGGCAUACGUUCUCAUGAUCAUAAUUGUCUUUGAUGAAUUUGUCCAUUUCAAUCGAGGAAAGCUUUCUUUCUCCC